AGGAGGGGGCGAUGUUUGUGGGCUCAGUGCCCUGCUCAUGGCCUGGCUGCCAGGCACACUCGAGGGAGGAGUGGUGAGAGGUCAGCUGAGACCGUUAGGGCUUGCCCUGGAGGUGGGCGCUGGUCUUAGGAAUGUGGCCAGAGCAGAACAGGAGUGCAGGGGAUUGUUUGGGGACAAUGGAAGGAAGAAGCCAACUCCGUUUGGGAGAAGGAUGGGCAUGAAUGGGGGUUGCUGUGGCAGUGAUGCGCUGGCACAGACUUUGGGGACCAUCUGAAGGUUACCUCUGGGGGUGGCCUGGCUCCUCUUCAGAAUGGGCCAGAGUGCUCAGCCAGGGAGGUAAGUUCUGGCCCUGCCCCUCACCUCACCUUCAGAGCCUGGGUGGUGGGAGCCCUCCUCCCCGACACACACUCCUGCCUUCCCCAACUCACCAUUUAACUGUGAUUCCAUUUCCUGUUUUCAAGCUCCAGACCCUGGGAUCCCCCCAGAACACACUUUGACUCCUAAGGCCAGGGCCCUGGGUCUAGCAAGAUCAGGAUUCCCCAGCACUUCUCAGUCCCAGGAUGCCAUAGAGGCCUGGUCUCAGCGAUGGCAGCGCCUCUGUGCUCCCUCCUCCUCCUGGCCCUGGGCCUGGUGCUGGCUGGAACCCUGAACCCCAGUGACCCCAACACCUGCAGCUUCUGGGAAAGCUUCACAACGACCACCAAGGAGUCCCAGUCCCGCCCCUUCAGUCUACUCCCCUCAGAGCCCUGCAGCCGGCCCUGGGAGAGCCCGCACACCUGCCAUCAGCCCACGGUCGUCUACCGGACGGUGUACCGCCAGGUGGUGAAGACAGACCACCGGAGGCGCCUGCAGUGCUGCCGGGGCUUCUAUGAGAGCAACGGGGCGUGCGUCCCGCUCUGUGCCCAGGAGUGUGUCCACGGCCGCUGUGUGGCGCCCAACCAGUGUCAGUGUGAGCCAGACUGGCGAGGGGAUGACUGCUCCAGCGCAUGUGCCCCGGGAGUGUGGGGGCCACAGUGUGACAGACCCUGCAGCUGUGGCAACAGCAGUUCCUGUGACCCCAAGAGUGGGGCUUGUUCCUGCCCUGCAGGCCUGCAGCCCCCGAAUUGCCUUCAACCCUGCCCCCCUGGCCACUAUGGCCCUGCCUGUCAGUUCAGUUGUCAGUGCCAAGGGGCACCCUGUGAUCCCCAGACUGGAGCCUGCUUCUGCCCUCCGGACAGAACUGGGCCCAGCUGUGAGGUGCCCUGUCACCCAGAUUCUGAUGGCUUCUGCCUCCACGCCCAUCCUUGCCACAAUGGGGGUGUUUUCCAGGCUCGCCAGGGCACCUGCAGCUGCCCACCUGGAUGGAUGGGCACCAUCUGCUCCUUGCCCUGCCCUGAGGGCUUCCAUGGCCCCAACUGCUCCCUGGAAUGUCGCUGUCACAACGGCGGUUUCUGCGACCGAUUCACAGGGCAGUGCCUCUGCGCACCGGGCUUCACUGGGGACCGGUGCCGUGAAGAGUGCCCCGUGGGCCACUUCGGGCAGGACUGUGCUGAGACGUGUGACUGCGCCCCUGGUGCCCGCUGCUUUGCGGCCAACGGGGCGUGUCUGUGCGAACAUGGCUUCACCGGCGACCGCUGCACCGAGCGUCUCUGCCCCGACGGUCUCUACGGCCUCAGCUGCCAGGCGCCCUGCACCUGCGACCCGGAGCACAGUCUCAGCUGCCACCCGAUGAGCGGGGAGUGCUCGUGCCUGCCGGGCUGGGCCGGGCUGCACUGCAAUGAGAGCUGCCCUCAGGACACGCAUGGACCGGGCUGCCAGGAGCACUGCCUCUGCCUGCACGGCGGCGUCUGCCAGGCGGACAGCGGCCUCUGCCGGUGUGCGCCCGGCUACACGGGCCCGCACUGCGCUAGCCUCUGCCCACCUGACACUUACGGAGUCAACUGCUCGGCACGCUGCUCCUGCGAAAACGCCCUGGCCUGCUCGCCCAUAGACGGCUCCUGCGUCUGCAAGGAAGGUUGGCAACGUGGUAACUGCUCUGUGCCCUGCCCACCUGGAACCUGGGGCUUUGGUUGCAAUGCCAGUUGCCAGUGUGCCAAUGAGGCAGCCUGCAGCCCCCAAACUGGAGCUUGUACCUGCACCCCUGGGUGGCAUGGGACCCACUGCCAGCUUCCUUGCCCGAAGGGACAGUUUGGUGAAGGCUGUGCCAGUCGUUGCGACUGUGACCACUCUGAUGGCUGUGACCCUGUUCAUGGACACUGCCAGUGCCAGGCUGGCUGGAUGGGUCCCCGCUGCCACCUGCCCUGCCCUGAGGGCUUCUGGGGAGCCAACUGUAGUAACACCUGCACAUGCAAGAAUGGGGGCACCUGCAUUCCUGAGAAUGGCAACUGUGUGUGUGCCCCUGGAUUUCGAGGACCCUCCUGCCAGAGGCCCUGUCAGCCGGGCCGCUAUGGCAAACGCUGUGUGCCCUGCAAAUGUGCCAACCACUCCUCCUGCCACCCCUCGGAUGGGACCUGCUACUGCCUGGCUGGCUGGACCGGCCCCGACUGCUCCCAGCCAUGCCCUCCAGGACACUGGGGAGCCAACUGCGCCCAGCCCUGCCAGUGUCAUCAUGGUGGAACCUGCCACCCCCAAGAUGGAAGCUGUUUCUGCCCUCCAGGCUGGACCGGACACCUCUGUUUGGAAGGCUGUGCCCUGGGGAUGUUUGGUGCCAACUGCUCUCAGCUGUGCCAGUGUGGUCCUGGAGAGAGGUGCCACCCAGAGACUGGGGCCUGUGUGUGUCCCCCAGGGCACAGUGGUGCACCCUGCAGGAUUGGAAGCCAGGAGCCUUUCACCAUGAUGCCGACCUCUCCAGUAGCCUAUAACUCCCUGGGGGCAGUGAUUGGCAUUGCAGUGCUGGGGUCCUUGGUGGUAGCCCUAGUGGCACUGUUCAUUGGAUAUCGCCAUUGGCAAAAAGGCAAGGAGCACCAGCACCUGGCAGUGGCCUACAGCAGUGGGCGACUGGAUGGCUCUGAAUACGUCAUGCCAGAUGUCCCUCCGAGCUACAGCCACUACUACUCCAACCCCAGCUAUCACACCCUGUCACAGUGCUCACCUAACCCCCCACCCCCUAACAAGCUUCCCGGCAGUCAGCUCUUCGCCAGCCUCCAAGCCAUUGAGCGGCCAGGUGGAGCCCAUGGGCAUGACAAUCACGCCACCCUGCCUGCUGACUGGAAACACCGCCGGGAUCCCCCUCCAGGGCCUCUGGACAGGGGUAGCGGCCGCCUGGAUCGAAGCUACAGCUGUAGCUACAGCAACAGCAAUGGCCCAGGUCCAUUCUACAGUAAAGGGCCCAUCUCUGAAGAGGGGCUGGGGGCCAGUAUGGCUUCCCUGAGCAGUGAGAACCCCUACGCCACCAUUCGGGACCUGCCCAGCCUGCUAGGAAAUCCCCGGGAGAGCAGCUAUGUGGAGAUGAAAGGCCCUCCCUCAGGAUCUCUUCCCAGGCAGGCGCCUCAGUUCCGGGACAGCCAGAGGCAGCGGCAUCCCCAGCCACAGAGAGACAGUGGCACCUAUGAGCAGCCCAGCCCUCUUGCCCAUGACCGAGACUCUGUGAGCUCCCAGCCCCCGCUGCCUCCAGGCCUACCCCCUGGCCACUACGACUCACCCAAGAACAGUCACAUCCCUGGACACUAUGACUUGCCUCCAGUGCGGCAUCCGCCAUCACCCCCACUCCGGCGCCAGGACCGCUGAGGAGCAAGAUGCUGUGCAGAUGCCAGCACACCUGUGCUUUGCUGCUCAAGGCUGGGGGCAAGCCCUGCUGUGCCCUGCCAGGAGCAGGGAGAGGACCAGCAGGCCAUGCAUAUAAACUCAUUUCAUAGAGGAAGCACGUGGAGAGAAGGGAGACUGGCUCCCGUGUCCCAUCUGGGAGACUGCGACCGCCAACCCACCCCAACCCACUGCUCCCUGAGGGCUCUGGGCUCUGUGUAUAUAAACUGGUGGGUUGAAUGUUGCUGGAUAACUCUGAUUUCAGAUUGAUGUAGAAAUGUAUAUUGGGUACCUUUUCUGUGCAUUCCCAGGCUGGGCUCUGUGUGUGUGUGUCUGUGUGUCUCUGUGUGUCUCUAUGUGUCUGUGUGUGUGUCUAUAUGGCUGGUUGGUUGGUUACAGAGGGGUACCAGGUACCAGGCAUUCACCAGUUAGUCAACAGGCAGCCCAAAUCCAGUUAAUUCUAGCAAUAGUGUCCUGUCACCCCUGUAUUCACUUGGUACCCCCUCCAACCAGCUGCUCAACAUACAAGCUGUUGGAUUGCCCCUGCCCGAGCCCUGCUGUUCUUGGGCUAAAGUAAAAACUUUCAGUGCCUUACAGGCUCUGCUGACUUGGCCUGUCUGUUUCUUCAGUUUUGUCUUGAAUUGUGUUCCCUGUCACAACUCCCCGGUGACGCUGAUCUCUAGGUCCUCGCAUUAGCACUUCUUUCUACCCAGGGACUUUGCGUAUCUGGAGUGCUCUUCACCCCCAUACACUGCUAACUCCUGCUGGACCUUCACAUGUUCCCUCCCACCCCAGAAUGAAUUACAGUUGUAUUCAUUCGCCAGAUACCUGCAGAAGGGGGACAGGGUGCCGGCACCUCUGUAAUGUGUUUCUUUAUAUGAUUAUUUGAUUAACCUCUGCCUUUCCCACUAGACUUUAAGUUCCCUGAAGGCAGGAAUCCUGUUUGUACCUUUGUCACACAGAAGACACUCAAUAAAUGUUGCCAAAAGGUUUAACAGCUGAGUGAAUUAAAAGUACCAGUGACGGCUAAGUGCUUGGAUGGAUGGGCCAUUGGUGUGCUCUGAGAACU